AUGAGUGACUUCAGACAGAUCCUGAAAGAGAUCGGGGAGUUCGGGUUGUUUCAGAAACGUUUGGUGGCUGCGUUAUGCAUCCCCAUUGUUUUUGUAGCUUUUGAUGUGAUCUGUCAGGUGUUCACAGGCCUGAACUUCCAACAUCACUGUAACACUGACUGGAUCCUGAAGCUCAGGCCUAACCUGACAGAGGAGAGACAAAGAAAUCUCACCCUGCCAGUGAACAAGGAUGGGAAGUAUGAGAGCUGCAAAAUGUUCACACCUGUAGAUUUGGAUUUGGAAACAAUUGAAGCAUAUGGGAUUAACAGUACAACAGGAUGCAUAGAUGGAUGGGUCUAUGAUGCACCCAGAGCUGCUGCCAGCAUUUACACUGAGUUUGACCUGGUCUGUGACAGGAACGGCUUCAUUGAGGCAUCUCAGGCCAUCUACAUGGGAGGUCUUCUGGUUGGAGCACCUGUGACAGGGCAGAUGGCUGACAGGUUUGGUCGGCGUUUUGUGGUCCUUCUUUCACUUCUUCUUCUGCUGUUGUUUGGAGUAGGAGCUGGUUUCUCUCCCAACAUCUACGUUUACAUGGUGCUCAAAUUUGUUGGUGGCAUCUCUAUUUCAGGCCUUGUUGGUAAUGCAUAUGUGAUAGGUGGAGAGUGGAGUGAAUCCUCCAAGUUUGCACUGUGCUCCAUUCUCUGCAACUCUUUCUUCCCUGUUGGACUGAUGGUGUUGUCCGGUGUUGCUUAUUUCAUCCGCAACUGGAGGAUUCUGCAGUUUGUGCUCUUCAGCCCUCUUGUCAUUGUACUUGGAAUCUUUUACUGGGUUCUUCCAGAGUCAGCUCGCUGGCUUAUCACCCAGGGAAGGAAGGAGGAGGCUAUAAAGGAGGUCAGGAAGGCAGCCAAGAUAAAUGGAAGGACAGUCCCAGAAGAUCUUCUGGACAAGCUGGAGGUUGAGGAUGCGUCCAAAAGAGGAGGCAUGUUGGACAUCUUCAGACUACCUUAUCUAAGAAAAAGGACUCUCAAAAUGAGCUUUGUAUGGUUUGGAACCAAUCUAAUUUACGAUGGACUGAGCCUAAAUGUUGGCAAUUUUGGUCUGGAUAUCUACCUCACACAGUUGGUCUUUGGUUUGGUGGAGUUUCCAGGGCGUCUUUGCUGUUUGCCUCUUAUCCAGCGCUUUGGGAGGAAAAUAUGCCUUGCAGUCCUCCUGUUCUUUGGCGGUGCUGCUUGUCUUGUGAUACUUGCUAUUCCAAGAGAUUGUCCUGUGGUGGUAACGGUCAUAGCUGUACUGGGAAAGUUUGCUACUGCUGCCAGUUUCACCAUUCUCUAUGUAUAUACUGCAGAACUGUACCCCACCACUCUAAGGCAGAAUGGUGUAGGUCUGAACUCCAUGUUUGCUCGUGUUGGGGGCAUCCUUGCCCCAUUGGUCAGACUCACAGCCAUUUACCAUUACACCAUACCCAUGCUGAUUUACGGUGUCAUCCCCAUUGCUGCGGGGGGCGUCUCUCUGCUUCUGCCCGAAACGCUGAAUGUUGAACUCCAAGACCACCCUGAAGUCAUUUUGAUGUGGUGUGUGAUCAGAGUGGUCUGAUUGAAGCAUCACAGUCCAUCUCCAUGGCUGGUAUGUUGGUUGGAGCGUUGGCAAGUGGGGCAAUUUCGGACAGGUUUGGUCGACGCUCUACAAACCUUCUUUCACCCCUUCUUCUUUUGUGUUUUGCGGUGGGUGCUUCUUUCUCACCCAACAUGAUCGUAUACAUGGUCUGUAAGUUUUUC